AUGCAAUUACUUCCAGUUCUCCAUAAGAUUGUUGCAAAGUUCUUACGGCAACGGCAAAAACUGCCACAUAUUAAUACAUUGGAACAAGUUGUUGAAUUAUUAAGAAAUUCAAAAAAUAUCAUGGUCUUGACAGGUGCAGGGGUUUCCGUGUCAUGUGGAAUACCGGACUUUCGUUCCGAGAAUGGGAUCUAUUCUCGGCUGUCAGAAUUUGACUUGGAUGACCCACAGGAUAUUAAUUUCACGCCAUCUCCUUCACACUAUUUUAUUAAAUUAUUGGAAGAAAAAGGAAAGCUUUUAAGAAAUUACACCCAAAACAUUGAUACCCUGGAACAAGCUGCUGGAAUUAAGAACGUCCUACAAUGUCAUGUAUGUGAAUACAAAGUCGAUGGCAGUGAAAUCAAAGAUGAUAUACUUCAUCAACGAGUACCUCGUUGCCCCAAAUGUAAAAAUAAAAAAGUGUAUAAGGGAGAAGACGUGGAAGAAUGCUUGUCUAUUAUGAAACCUGAUAUUGUCUUCUUUGGUGAGAAGUUGCCUCCUGAAUUUGACCAAUGCUUUCCCAAAGACCGCGAAAAAGUUGACUUGUUGAUUGUAAUGGGAAGUAGCUUGAAAGUGGCUCCGGUUAGUGAAAUAAUGGGGCAAAUUCCUCAUCGUGUUCCUCAGAUUGUGAUCAACAAAACCCCCAUAACACAUAUGCAGUUUGACGUCCAGCUCCUUGGUGAUUGCGACGUCAUCAUACCUGAACUCUGCAGACUUUUAGAAUGGGAGUUAGUUCAUAAAAAGCUUAAACCCACUUCAAAACCUGUUCCUUAUCGAUUUGUGGAGCCUAACAUUUAUUUGUUUGAAGGGGCUGUAGUUAAAGGCGAAUUUGGUGAUAUUGAUGUGAAGUCAAAUGUUGAAGGGUUAAAUGAUCAAAAAAUAUCGAAUAUUGAUGAUAGCAAAGAAAUCGAUCACACUGACCUUAAACAGACUUUAGAAUUACCUUCAUCGUCUACCCUGUCCCAUAUAGAAUUAUAA